AUGGGAAGUAAAAGAAGCGAUGAGGGUUCAAAAUGGUUGAAACACUAUUGUAGUGAUCAUCAAAUAUUGUUGGUGGGAGAGGGUGAUUUCUCUUUCACCCUUUGUCUAGCCAAAGCUUUUGCUUCUGCAACCAACAUUGUAGCUUCUUCUCUUGACACUCAUGAUGAUGUUAUAAAGAAGUACAGGAAUGCAAAGUCAAAUAUAGAUGAACUGAAGAAACUAGGAGCAUGUAUUUUACAUGGAGUUGAUGCAACCAAAAUGAAAUCUCAUUCACAUUUAAAUAUGAAUAGCUUUGAUCGGGUUAUAUUCAACUUCCCUCAUGCAGGCUUUCAUGGGAAGAGGGAACAUAACUUGUCAUUGAUCAAGAUGCAUAAAGAUCUUGUGGGUGGUUUCUUCAAGAAUGCAAGUAGUAUGAUUCGGGUUAAUGGUGAAAUUCAUGUGAAUCACAAAACUACACAUCCCUAUACUAAGUGGAACAUAGAGAAGCUUGCAGAGGAAAGCUUUCUCAAAUUGAUGGAGUGUACUGACUUCAAGAAGGAAGAUUAUCCAGGUUAUUACAACAAGAGAGGAGAUGGUAAUAAAUGUGAUAAAAGUUUUCCUCUUGGUAGAUGCAGCACCUUCAAAUUUAUCCAUCCUAGAAGAACAAAUGGUAUUGCGCCUUCUGUAUCACAUUGUGCUAGAAAUGAAGUCCAACACAAAGAACAACAAGUCUCUGGAGGCAGAAGCUCAAGGAAUUGUUUUGAUAGGAGAAGGCUUAUUACUUUGAGAGGUGCAAAGCUGAAGUGCCUUGGAGAAGAAGUUUGA